AUGUUAGCAUCCCUGCUCCGACCGAGAGCCCGGCGUGCCCCUGUUAUUGACCAGUCGGCAUUUUCCUCCCCCUUUGCAGCUUCCGAAUAUUCUCCAUGGUUUCGGCCAGGCACGCGACGCGAUCCGCGAGGCCCCGACUCCAGCGACGACGAGCCAGAACUUCGAGAUAUCGCAGAACAUACAGAUGGACAUUGGGAGAGAGAUGAUGAUGAUGAAGAGGAAGAAACUGAGGGCGAUGACCCUAUCGAGUCCACCCCAUUGUUACCCAUCUUCUCAUCUUCACAUCUAGAUGCGCUCCCCGUAUACGAUAUCACCCAUGCUAUCCGCCCGUUGAUUGCCUCACGAUGCGAGACUACGUUGACUUGGGACCAGCUUCGAUCUCCCCAGGUGUCGCAAUUUUUGGUCAAGCCCAUCCAGAAGCAAAUCAUGUCGGAGCAUUUUUCACGGGCCACGCUCUAUACUUUGAUGGCCAACUGCCUGCAGUUUGAAAAGGAGAUUCACCUCAACCCGGGGAACAGUGGAGCGAGUCAAACUCGUGCUAUGGUGGCUGAAUUGUUGGCUAUCAAGUUAUUGCGAGAAUACACAACUCGGGAGUUAAUCGAUGCGCUGUCCUAUGAAUUUUACCCUCUCCAAGGCCAAGAUCCAUCUACAACACGAACUAUGAAUCCCCAAGGGAAACGGACAUCCACCGGGGUUGCUCGGAUUUCUUGUUUAGAGGUAGCAAUUCGCGCACAGGCAAAGCGUUUCCUGGCACACCCUGUAGUAGUCCAGCAAUUGGAAGCUAUAUGGGCGGGCACUAUUGUUUUUCAUUCGGCUGCGGAUCACUUGCAUCGACGCUCAAAUCGAUCAUUGGGGGGGCAUCUUGAUUACGGAACGUCGCUGGAUUCAAAUUUUCGGGGAACCUACCCCGAAAAUACCACGUUCCGACGUUCAGUCACCUUGUACAACCCUCGCGAAGCUUCUCUCUUCAAACUGUCACGAUUACGUGUACCUCGAUAUCGUCAAUUCCUCUCCACUAUCUCCUUUGCGGUGCUGUUGGGUCUCUUUUUGGCAGUUCUAGAAGAGCGGAGCCACCGCAUCACGUCUUUAGAGAUAGUGUUCUGGUUCUGGAGUGCGGGCUUCAUGCUUGAUGAAAUUGUCGGCUUCAACGAGCAAGGCUUCAGUCUCUACCUCAUGAGCUUCUGGAAUAUUUUUGACGUAGGGAUCUUGCUGCUCCUUUUCUGCUACUACUGCUUGCGUGUCUAUGGAGCCUUCUUGACCUAUCCACGAAGCAAUCAAAUAGCAGACCAGGCAUAUGAUGUAUUGUCGGCAAACGCUGUUCUUCUUUUCCCCAGAUUGUUUUCUGUUCUGGAUCACUAUCGCUAUUUUUCUCAGCUUUUAGUUGCCUUUCGCAUCAUGGCAUCUGACUUGAUCGCUGUUUUCGUUCUCAUUAUCAUUGCAUGCAGUGGCUUUUUCGUUGCAUUCUUGUCCUUUGGGAAUGAUAAUUCCCCGAAUACUGUUGCUUAUGGUCUGUUCCAAAUGCUCAUGGGAUUCACUCCAACAGCAUGGGCCAUGUGGGACGAGUACAAUAUCCUUGGCCGCACUAUCCUAACGCUAUUCCUCUUCAUUUGUCACUUUGUGAUUGUCACAAUUCUUGUCUCCGUUUUGUCUAACAGCUUCAUGAGAAUUGUGAACAAUGCGAAUUCCGAGCAUCAGUUCCUAUUUGCUGUCAACACGAUCUCCAUGGUCAAGUCGGACGCCCUGUUUAGUUAUGUUGCCCCAACGAACGUAAUUGCGUGGCUAGUGACGCCUUUUCGAUACUUGAUGCCUUUCCGACAGUACAUCAAGCUGAAUCGAACUAUCAUUAAAGUCACGCACCUGCCGAUCUUGUUUACCAUAUGUCUAUAUGAAAAGACUAUUCUCAGUUCCCGUGUGGUGGAGCCAAUUGAUCUAGUUGAGACAGCCUCUCCUCAAAAAGCAAUUGCACCAGCCCAACCAAGUCGAUUCCGGGCAUUUAGCAAUAGGGCGUCACGUUUAGUUCGCGAGCCAUCUAUUGCAACAUAUCAAAAAGAUCGAGCUCUAGAAGAGGUUUUCCGGCAGCAAACCAACGAUGAACGACUGAGGGACAGGCCGAACAGCAUACGUAAGCGCCAAACCAACAAUGUCAUCAAAGACUGGAUGCAAGAAAUUGGUUCUGGUCCAGCUCAUACACCAGAUGAGCAGGACUCAGUGGUCGGCGAUCCCCUGGAAAGACCGAUGCAACGGCCGCAUAUACUAUUCCGAAACAAGCCGCCCGCUAGAGGUCGCAAUUUCACGGAGACCACUCACUCCAUAGCAGCGUCUAACCCGGAAGAAAGAGUUCGGCGUGUCAUUGGUGCGCCGUUUCGCUCUCGUGUGGGAGAUUGCGUCUCGCCAACACGAACCCGCCAAAUCUCGCAACACACUGAUAUGGAAGGUGAUGAUGAACUUGACAGUGACGAUCCCUCUAAUGAGGAACGAUCCGAACAGGGAUCAGUUGAGGAAAGGGUCAACCCCGUUGGAAGUAAUGAGAAGACUACGCCCAAAUUUUACAGCUCCCGGCCAUCCACUGCCAGAGUUUCCCGACGUGGCAGUCCAACUCGCCGCCCUCGGCAUACACGUAAUGUGUCAGGGGUUACCAUGCUCUAUAACCCUGUCGGCUCGCCAAAUGAAGAAACCGAGGGGCGGACAACCCCACCACGGCCGCACCACGAUUCAUCAAAUGAUGAAAAUGAUGAAGACAAUGAUGGUCAGAGACCUCGAGUUUCGACUUCUGCAGAUCAUGGAACUAUGAAACGGCAUCCCCCCAAUGCCGUACUAGCACGCAAUCCAACCUUAGGCAUGACCCAAAUGUCUGUCCCCGAGAUUGAAGGACUCUACUUAUCUGAUCGUCCAAAUUCUCGGCGUCCACGAGGAUCCUUGCUGUUCGACCUUGGAUCUGAUCUAGGCGACAACAAGGCGGUGGCCGGUGGGUUUGCGGGCGUAGUUCCGUCCAGCUUCAACACUCAGAUGGCCUUCGCCACCGGGAAUCUUCGCCGGGAACUACCCAGUCAGACACAAGACAUGCUCAGCAAAUUAGUUCUUGCUCGCAUGAACAACAUCGAAGAAGGGUUCCGUGAAGUCAUUAAAGAGGUGAAAGAUCUUCGCCGUAGCGAGUCUAGUCGCAGCCGAAGCCGCAGCCACAGUCGACCAGAUGAACUUCGGCUUCGCCCUGCCACACGGGAGAAGAAGAAGCGAGCGGAGAAGAAAGAGACAAAGAAGCGACGGCCCAUCUCAAAUGGAAGUAGGGAAGAUGGUGAUUGA